ACAGCUACCAAAGGUUAUUUCUACGGAGUAGGAAUCCAGGAUUAAGUUGAAUUGCCCCAGGAAAAAGUCUAGUUAAGAUUGUUUCAGUUUUAAAAUCAAUGUCCUUUUGUUAUUUAAAAUGGGGGACUAGGUGCCCUGCCUAGCAGGAAUUUAGUACCUGGGCUGGUCCAUCUCCGUUAAUAAUCACCCUCGGGUGGCACAAAGGGCCUCUGAUUUCUCGGCCAAGGCUGUGGCUAAUCAGGGGGGAUCUGGAACCCGGCUCCCUUCUGGUUUGCGGCACAUUUGCAUUUGGAGACUUCCGCCUUCCCUUCCGGUGGGAGACUGUGAGCUCCCCGGGGCUGCUCCUCUGGGCAAAAGGGGUGCUGAGGCCCUGUGAGCUGAGGCUGCAGUCGGCUGCUUCUGGAACCAUGGCUUUCCCUGCAGGAUUCGGAUGGGGGGCGGCCACGUCGGCUUACCAAGUGGAAGGAGGCUGGGAUGCAGGUGGAAGAGGCCCUUGUGUCUGGGACACAUUUACCCAUCAGGGAGGAGAGAGAGUUUUCGAGAACCAGACUGGCGAUGUAGCUUGUGGCAGCUACACUCUGUGGGAGGAAGAUUUGAAAUGUAUCAAACAGCUUGGAUUGACUCAUUACCGCUUUUCUCUUUCCUGGUCACGUCUGUUACCUGAUGGGACGACAGGUUUCAUCAACCAGAAAGGAAUUGACUAUUACAACAAGAUCAUUGAUGACUUGUUAACAGAAGGAGUUACUCCCAUAGUGACACUCUACCACUUUGAUUUGCCUCAGGCUUUAGAAGACCAAGGUGGCUGGUUGUCAGAGGCAAUCAUUGAAUGCUUUGACAAAUAUGCUCAGUUCUGCUUCAGUACCUUUGGGGAUCGAGUCAAGCACUGGAUCACCAUGAAUGAGCCUAACCUGUUUGCCCUGAUAGCAUAUGAGCUAGGCCGAUUUCCUCCUGGUGUACCUCACAUUGGGACUGGAGGUUAUCAGGCAGCUCAUAAUUUAAUUAGGGCUCAUGCCAGAGCCUGGCACAGCUAUGAUUCUUUAUUCCGAAAAGAACAAAAGGGUAUGGUGAGCCUAUCGUUUUUUGCUGGCUGGUUGGAACCAGCAGAUCCCAUGUCAGUGUCUGACCAGGAAGCUGUUAAAAGAGCCAUCAGUUUCCACUUGGAUUUCUUUGCUAAACCCAUAUUUAUUGAUGGAGAUUACCCAGAAGUUGUCAAGUCCCAGGUUGCCUCCAUGAGUAAAAGGCAAGGCUAUGUAUCUUCAAGGCUUCCAGAAUUUACAGAAGAAGAGCAGAGCAUGAUCAAAGGCACCGCAGACUUCUUUGCCGUGCAGUAUUAUACUUCUCGCUUAGUCCAGCACCAGGAAAACAAGACAGGUGAACUAGGUGUCCUCCGGGAUAUGGAGAUUGAAAUUUUUCCAGAUCCAUCUUGGAAACGUCUGGAUUGGAUCUCCGUGGUACCAUGGGGAUUACGUAAACUCCUGAAAUAUAUAAAGGAUACCUAUAAUGACCCUAUAAUUUACAUCACUGAGAAUGGGUUUCCCCAGCGUGACCCUGUGUCUCUUGAUGACACUCACCGCUGGAAUUAUUUCAGACAGACAUUUCAGGAAGUGUUUAAAGGUAGAGAGAAAAACCCAGAGGCUGCAGUCUGAGCCUCCUUCCCACGUGGAUGAGUGCUCACUGCAGACGUCCGCCUGCUGGCCCCAAGGGACGGCUGAGCACAGCCAUGCCCAUCCUUCUGGAAGUCAACAUCCAAGGUUACGGUCGACUUCACACAGCCUCGUGUCCCACAGUGACUCAUCAGGUGUCUGCACUCUCCUUAUAGGUAUUUAUUUAAUAUGUUAUUUGCUUGCUGCCACCAGGUGAGAGGAAUUUAUAUUUGAAUUCAAUAGAUGACUGAAAUGUGACAUGGUAUAUGACUUUUAAUGCCAAAUAACAUUUUUUUUUUUAAAGUUGUGAAACACUUCCCGGUUUAGGGAGAUAAAAUGUAAAUCAUAGUUUUAGCAUCUUUGGAAAGAUUCCAUUGAAUCAGAAUAGUUACAGGCUUCUGUAAAAUAGUGAUAUGGACUCUGAUGCUAUUGGGAAAUACAGGAUUUCCUCCUCUUUUAGUAAUUAGGCUCAGGUUAAUGUUGUUGUUUGGGGGGGGGAGGCAGCUUUUAUCUCAUGUGCGAUCAAUUAUCUUCUUUUUGUCAGAGUCGUAAUUCUCAGGACUUCAAGCUUGUCUAACUAUGCAACUGUUAGAGCUUAAUCUAAAGACAAAAAAAUUAAAUACCUAUCGUUGUUAGAAUUGUGUAAACUGAAGAUAGAUGUGCACCAACAGACUGGGAGACCCACGUGCAGACUAAACUUUUUUUAACACUAAUUUUGCCUUUUAGUAGCCUUAAAAAAAAAAAAAGUUUUCAGAUAAACAGAUAAACUCUAGAUUUGCAAGCCCCUUUCAGUUAUAUGUGUAUUUCUGUAUUUCCAUUUCAUCACAUACCAUUCACAAGUUUCUAAA